AUGCCUGUCAAUCAGAACGUAGCGAUUCUGCAGCAAAUGCCGGUCAAUCAGAACAUAGCGAUUCUGCAGCAAGUGCCGGUCGGAAGUCAGAUGAGCAGCAACUUCUUCCCUACAGAGCCGCUGAACAGCUACAAUUCUGGAGACACAUCCUGCUGGAACUUUGCUGGUAUCACUACGAAAGCUACCUGGUCACCAGCUCCGGAAUACCAGCACACCCAGUACGCUGAGGAAGUUCUACCGAUCACCUGCUCUCGACUCCCGCAACAGGCUGCAGAAAUUCUGCAGAUGCAGUUCGAGACAUUACGCAGCAGGAUGCAGAGGGACCUUCUCAGGAACGAUGCUCGCUGGAUUCUCUCCACCGGAUCCCAAUACGGUCCCACCAGACAGCACAUACUGCAGGUUCUAUGCAGGCUCGUCUACAAGUGGCUGCUGGCAACAUUCGAAGAUCCCCCCCUCGCCAAAGCCCUGGCCCGUAUCUUCUACGACCUGGGCGCAAGCUUAUGGUAUCACCAAACGCUGCACUACCUUCUGCCAAUCCUUGCGGACGAGGAUGUGGCACCCUUGCAGCAGUGGCACGCGGACUAUUGUGAUCAACAAAGACUUCAGCACCGCAUACUACAUGGUUCUCAAGGUGAACAGGCGGACGACACCACAGAAGCCGCGGAGGGAACAGCAGCAGCGCCAAGGGCGGUCUGCGAGGACUUCUCCCCAGAUGCUGGAUC